AUGCCUCCCCAGAACAUGUCCACCUUACUACGAGACGAUGCUUCAUCGGUCCUAUACCGGAAGGCCAGGAACUACUCAUCAAAAGCAGCCACUUUCACUGCACCUGCUGGUAUCAAUAAGACACGGCAGAUCACUGGACUUGAUGGACCUAGUGCUAGUGCUGCAUUUAUGCCCUCAUUCCCACAGCCUGAAGACGCAGACGAUGAGGAUCAAGACGACGUCGCUAUCAAUGUUGAAGAGGUGAACAACCAAGAUGGAGAUGCAGCCGACGAUACCACUCCUAAAGGCACGAAAGAACGGACUGGGGACAAGUCUAAUUUCUUAUUAAAGCCACACAGUAUCCGUAAUAGCAGGUCUUCGGGGCGAAGCCUGACAAGAGCGCACGACAGCAAGCAAGAUAAACAAGAAAGAGCCACAUCAUUCGUUACAGCUCGAACUAAGCCAAAGGCUGGCAAGUCCAGACUUAGCCUAAGCAAUGCAGCCGCAAGUCCUCCACAAUCGUUUCAAACCGCCCGAGAGCCUGCUCAAGAUCCUCACUUAGACCCCUCGCAAGGUGAAGCUUCUUCACCUGGGUUUGUAGAAGGCAAUGCGUCAAGAUCAUCCAAUGGCGACUCUCCCAAUCUUGCUAACGGCACCAACUCUACCACUGCUCUCCUGCCUGAUGAACAGACGGACAAGGUUCAAACACUACAAGAGGAAGACCAUAAUCAGUCUAAGCCCAAUUCACAGUCCAAUACAAAUGCACGUGGUCUCGUAAGGUUCAAUUUGGACAACAAAGCUGAUGGCGAUGAUGGACGCACGAUGACCAAAAUCAGUAAGACUAUCAGCAAAAGCGAUCGGCGAAUGAGCUGGAGAAGAUUACGUCAGGGGCAAGUACAUCCUGGUGAGAUUGUCAAGGCAGAAAAGAUGCUAGUACGGGUCGACUCUACGAUGCACGAACUACCACCGGACUAUGAUGAGAAUGGCAGUCAAAAAAUUGAGGCUCGUACCGUAGACAAGUGGAGAGAAUAUGUGGUUGUCUGCCGAGAGAGCACAAGUCAAGAUGCUGAUUUUGCUCUGCAAAUGUACAAGACAAGGGUCAUACCCGCAAAGGAGCAGACUCAUGUCAGAGGAAAGUCAUCCCAUGAAAUCUCGCUUGCCCACAGGACUACUAAAAUCAACAUGUAUUCUUCCCUUGACAAAACCCUCAUACUAUGGACGCCAUGGAAAGGCGGGAUAAGAAUGUACAUUCUCCAUGCGAGAUCAGCAGCCAGUGCGGUAGAGUGGUAUACCUUCUUGCGUCAGACUUUGGGCUGGACACGCUCUACUCAUCUCCAAAUAAAUGUUCCUGAUUUAAGUGUGUCUCUACAGCUUGAGAAGCCCUUCAGCGACUUGGAGAGAUCUAUGUCAGACGCGCUGUCGGCAAAGUCAGAAAAGGCUGCUAUGAAGACCAUGGAGGCGGAGAAAGCUGCAGCGAGCUCAAUAAUACAAAACGCGCUUAAGGCGCUAGAGGACAAUCCCGAGUGGUCAAACGUGCUCGAAAAGUGGCUCGAGAAGGAGAAGAUUGGCCUCGCUUGGAAAAGAUACGAUCGCCUUGAAUGGGUUCACGGUGCUAAUGAGCAACGUAUGUACGGCACUUUAGCAAUGCAAAAGACUCACGAGCUUGAAUUGCGGCCGAAGGAUCACUAUCCAACCGAAGCCCGAAAGGCAAAGGAAGUGAUGAGGGAACCAGCUCCGGUUGAAGGCUUCCUAGUUCGUCUCACCUCGCAGAAGGGGAACGUUCGUCGAUUAGGCAAGAUGUACUACAAGCGAUUAUAUUUCACCACUCACAAUCAAUACUUUUGCUACUGUAGGCCCGCAAGAGCUCAGCCACCACCUCCUCCAAGUUUGCCGGAGAAGGCAGAUGAUAAAAUUCCAAGCGCCAGCGAACUCGUGGACAACUCACCAUUAAUAUUCGCUGUCAACCCAUUUCCCGAGCACAACGGCCAGAUCGACUGGCUGAAGCAUAACGCCUCUGUCAAAGCUCAGCACGAUGAAGCUGCCCACAAAGAAUCCGAACGAAAGGUCAAUUCAUUGCUCCAAGCUGAAGGCUACGUCAACCUCCUACAUGUCUCUCGCGUCCAAAAUGCCACUCGGGGCAACUCCGUAGCCGACCCACACAUAUCUGAAGGCUCGGACGUCGACUUUCAUCAGGAAGUUCUGGACACGCCUAGGGACGACGGCAAAGUCUCUACGUUCGACGAUGACCGAACCUUCGAGCUCGUCAUGAAGAACAAACUCGUUAUCCGCCUACAGGCCUACGACGAGCAAACAAAACGCGAAUGGAUUCACCGGCUGCGCAAAUUAGUGCACUACUGGAAGUUGCGCCUUGCAGAUGAUAUGGAAUUGCUGAAAUUCGUCCGUGCUCAGAAUCUUGAUCGUCUGGGCAUUGACGAAGAAAUGGAAGCCUCACUUGGCCAAUUCGGGAGUAAAUGGGAAGUCUCCCGAUCUAUCGCCUCGCCGAAGCUGUUUCACAUGUGCGGAAUAUCCUGCUGCCGCGCCAUCACUCUUGCGGGCACACUCUACCACAAGCCCAAACGGCGCUCCACCUUCCUCCGCUCUGGCGUCAUUCUCUGCCAUGGCAAACUCCUCGUUUUCCACGGCACGGUCCGUAAGCGUACUGGUGAAGAAGUCCGCCACAUCCAGCACGAUCGCCAUUCUGCCCUCGACCUGAAGAACUGUUACGUGUAUAGCGGAUUGCUGACAGAGGGCGAUAUGCUAUACGAGAAUCGCACAUUCGAUAGCAAUCAUCCUGGCCAUCAUGCCCUGCCGAGAGUGUGGGUUCAGGAUGGCUGGACGAGUAUUGAUGAGGAUGUCAUGACUACUUUUGUGAUUUGGCAGCCGAGGAAUAAGAGUUGGCUCAGAGCUAGCCCAGACGAUGCGGGCCCCGGCAAGAUGAGGCAGAGGCUGAGACACGUGAGUCGACUUGGUGUGCCUGGACGGAGCAUCGUCUUCAGGGCAAGAUCGAGGGCGGAAAGGGACCAUUGGGUCAUGAGUAUCGGAAUGGAGAUUGAUCGGCUAUCCAACGCUGGGGAGGAUAUUAGGGUGGUGGAUUAA